UAAAUACAAUGGGGGGAAGGGUGCCCUCAUCCCCGUGCUUCAGAUCGGCCCUGUCCGUGGAACUAACGGGAUUAAAAUCACUGCGAUACCAGGAGGAGUUGCCUGUUUUGGUGCUCAUUACCGAAGCUGGGCCCACAGAAGCUGUCCUUUGCAUACUGCAUUUCCAUCUGCCAGUUCACGGCCGGAGAUAUUUCCAUCUACGCUGUAAUCCCACGUAUGCUCCUGUUUAUCAUGCCUGGGUACUGACAGGCUGCGGGACACAAUGAGGACUGGUAUCCGUGUCAUCGCGCAGCCUGGAGCUGUCUGGCCUCAGCACGUUAGCAAGCUAACCAUUUUUUUCUAAGCAGAAGCCCUGCAUUGCUUCGACAUGCUAAAGGAUUUCAUGAACAACACACGGGAGGUUUCCUCCGACUUGCCUGGAAUACUGCGCACGGAAGUGCAGCGAGGAAUCGUCAAGGUUUCCGACGACCGCAAGAAGCAGAGGAUCCACAGGGCGUCUGUUGCUGUCUGACAGCCCCGACCAAACAUGGCUUUACGGCUGCUUUUACAGGAUAUUACUGCCUCAGAUUUCUAACAUAUAAACAGGAGAUACGAGUUGACAGCAUACGCAUCAUAAAGUGUUUGAAUGGCGGCGUACACACUGUGUGCUGUGAAUGGGACUAGGCGCUUACUGGCCACCGGCACAGGUUGUGUGAAAAGCACCGAGAUAUGACAUGCACAAGAAAAAAGAGGAAAGCUGCUUUUGCUUCUUUAAACCUUUUGAUUUUUAAAGGCUAGAAGCCAGGUGCAUCACCGUAUUUCAUGUAGACUGCAACAGACGUCUGGACAAGCAACCCACGGCAGGACCCGUGUGAGGAUUAAGAGGCAAGAGGAGAGGUCACAACAACGAAGGGACUUUGCUCGAAAUGGAGCAAUGUGUCUUGAGGUGUUCCUGUUUAGUGUAAACUACAAAAAGGAAGCAACCACGAGUACGGAGGAACGAUUGGCAGACGAGGGAGGUGGUGGUGGAGUGGUGACUUUGUUGUCUAAAAAAAAGGUGUUAUGGGUGGGGGGGCAUUUGGGAUGGCAAAUGGAAAUGAGAGCAGUGAAGGGCCUGUGGGGCCAAUGGCAGCAGUGGUGGCUACUGCAGAAGGCAUGGUAGCAGACAGUUCAUCCUCCGUUAUCUCUACGUAUAUUAAACUGGUGCUACUUGGGCUGAUCAUAUGCAUUAGUCUGGUGGGGAACUUGGUGGUUUCUCUGCUUGUACUCCGGGACCAGGCUCUGCAUAAGGCACCUUACUAUUUCCUCCUGGAUCUGUGCCUGGCAGACAGCAUUCGCUCAGCUAUCUGCUUCCCCUUUGUGCUGGUGUCUAUAAAAAAUGGCUCAGCGUGGACCUACAGUGUGCUUAGCUGCAAGGUGGUAGCCUUCAUGGCAGUGCUCUUCUGCUUCCAUGCUGCCUUCAUGCUCUUCUGCAUCAGUGUAACACGCUACAUGGCCAUUGCACACCACCGUUUUUACUCGAAGCGCAUGACAUUCUGGACAUGUGUGGCGGUAGUGUGCAUGGUAUGGACGCUAUCUGUGGCAAUGGCAUUCCCGCCUGUUUUUGAUGUGGGCACCUAUAAAUUCAUUCGUGAGGAGGACCAGUGCAUUUUUGAGCAUCGCUACUUCAAGGCUAAUGACACACUGGGCUUCAUGCUAAUGCUUGCUGUACUCAUUCUAGCCACACAUGUCGUCUACAUGAAGUUACUUCUCUUUGAGUACAAGCACCGCAAGAUGAAGCCAGUCCAGAUGGUGCCAGCUAUCAGUCAGAAUUGGACCUUUCAUGGGCCAGGAGCUACAGGCCAAGCAGCUGCUAACUGGAUUGCGGGUUUUGGUAGGGGCCCGAUGCCACCCACUCUGCUGGGAAUACGGCAAAACUUGCACAACCAGAACCGGCGACUCUUAGGCAUGGAGGAGUUUAAAGCAGAGAAGCAGCUUGGCAGGAUGUUCUAUGUGAUCACAUUACUGUUCCUGGUGCUCUGGUCUCCCUACAUAGUAGCUUGCUACUGGAGGGUGUUUGUCAAGGCUUGCACAAUACCACACCGGUACCUCUCCACCACUGUGUGGAUGAGUUUUGCCCAAGCAGGGGUCAAUCCUAUCGUCUGCUUCUUCCUUAAUAAAGACUUGAAGAAAGGGCUCCUUUCCCACCUACCAGCCUGCUGCAGGACUAAACCUCAUCUGCCACGAGAGCCUUACUGUGUCAUGUAACUAGAGAUGAUGAAGAAAAAAAACAAUGGGCAGCCUACAGAUGUAUUGUAUAUUGUGCUUGAGUUAUUGUGGCAUUUGAUGCAAUGGAAGGUAUUUUUAAGCAGUGAGUGGCAACUUGUGUUAAAACACUGGAAUGGUAAGCAUGUAUUUCCAUCUGUCAACCAAUUUUCACUCUAAAUUCAACAGCAUACAUGAGGUCAGAUCUUGACUUUCGAUAACAGGAGAAACAUGCAUGUAAAUAAUAUGCAGUCACUGGGAAAACUAAGACAGACAAAUAAACUAAGCUUAAGAUUUUAAAAAAAUGCCAUUUAGAAAAGUCUUGAAUACAAAGGAUGUUGGGCUUGUGACAAACAGAAUCCUAAAGGACGUAAUAAAUCCGCUUUUAGUCGGAAUCUUAAUGUCAUCAUUAUACUGGAAUAACUGAUGAUUGUCCAGCAGCAGUGGCUGAUGAGAGUAAAAAAGUGCUCAGCUAGAUUCAAACCAGCAUUCGUGUUGACUCACCAGUUUUAUUAGAAUGUCAGUUUUAUUUCACAACAACAUAAAGUUUCCAGAAAUACAAACGUUAGU